CCCUCCGUUUAAUGACUCCGUUAAAAAUACCGCAAACGGCCGCAAUGCAUCUCUCAACCCCCGCCGCUGUUCCACUCGCCGUUAAGGACGUCAAAAGCUCCGAUAUGGAAAUCGACGGCGACGAAGUUGAGGAAGGAGGAAAAGAGGAAUUGCACGUGUCCUUCAAACGAAACGGUGCUAGUAAUAACAUGAAGUCCAAAGAGCAUGAUGGACACCCAGGAUCAGAUCCGUUAAGAGCUCCUGGAAGUCUUCCAGAUGAGCCAUUAGCAACUCAAAGGGAGGAUCUACGCAGAAACUAUGAGGGUUUCAAGUAUCCAAUAUCUGGCAAAAACGCUGCAAAGGAAAAGGCAAUUCAAGAAUAUGAUGUUAAUAGACAAGAGGCUCAAGUCAUUUUAGAAAGAAAAGCCCCUGAAAAAUGCCAUGGACAGCAUACUAAUAGCAAGAGUCACUUGGUUGUCAAUGAGAUUGUGAAUGAGACCACUAAUCGGUCAAGUGUUGAUAGCAAAAAGGUAGCUAUCAAUGAGGUUAUUUCAAUCCCAGUCAGAUAUCAGUCAGGGGCAGGAGCUAGCACUCAUCUAGGUUUGAAGCGAAAUAAUAAGCAAAUGUGCAUGCAAACAGAGGAUGAUAAGUGGAGUAUAAAAUUAAGGUUUUACAGAUCUGCUUCUCCACAAACUAGUCCCGGAUGUCUUUCCCCUGGUAAUGAGUUUAAUAGUGAAAACAAACGCACUGCGCUUAUAUGUGACUUCUUUGUUAAAGGGUGGUGUAUUAAAGGAAGUUCAUGUAAAUAUAUUCACACCAAAGGUAGUGGUAUUAAUCCUAGACAACAACCUGAGGAAGAUGUAGCUGUAGCAGAUGAGAAAGCAGCUGUUCAGCUUGAUGAAGGUAUUGGAAAUGCUGCUGAAAGAUCAAGAUCACCGUCACCUCAUUCUGAUCGAUUGCAUUCAUCAGUUAGAAAUAAGACAGCUUUAUCCCCGCUACUCCAGAGUAAGGAUAAAUCUAUCGGCACAUCACUUGGCUCUCAACAGUUUUUAGCAGUUAUAGAUGAUUUUGGACCAUCUAAGGAUGUAAGAAAAAAUAGUACAGAUCAGAAUUUGCCUACUGAUAAUUAUGUCAGACCUUGUUUGCUGAGUGAUAGAGGUAGUUCUACUUUCAGAAAUAGUUUUCUUCCCAAGCAUAUAGCUUCAUCAAGUGGCUCGGUUACAUCAUUGGGCAAUACAUACAAAGAAGAACAAAAAUUUCGUGUCUGGACAUGGCUAGCAUCAUUACCUUUAUGUUCUUCUCAAAGUGCAUGUUCUCUUGGUGCCCAAAAGAUGUUGGACAAUAACAGAGAACACCAUUCUUCCCCGUUGUCUUUGCUGCAAGGCUCUUCCCCCUUCUCUAAUUUUGAACUGGAAAACUGUCCUGUCAGUGAUAUUGCUAGCGAUCCAUUGCACUUUGCUGAAUACAGAAUAAAAUUUUCUUCAGAAGAUUGGGAACCAUCAGUGCCCUUUCGACCAUCCUUUUUUGUCACUUUUGGCCCAUCAUCCCCACGGCGCCAGUAUGAUCCUUUUCGUGAUAGCAUUGAUUUGUCUAAUGUAGGAAAGGGUUCUCUUAAAUUUUCAUUUUGUAGUCAAUACCCAUCCCUCCUGAAUUUAGCAUAUCCACCAACAUAUGGUGAUUCUGAAUCGGCCGGGCCAUUGGUCCCUGAAUGUAAUGUUGAUAAAAGAACUGUAUCUUCCCAUGCUAGACACCUUGAAAAUUUGGUCAAUAAUAAUUGCUACACUUCUGGGAAACAUUCAACAACUGAUGAAGGGACCUCUGCAGCUGAUAUGCAAAAUGGACUACUGGCUAAAGAAGAGAUUUCCUCAGUUGCUUCUCAUGUCAAAGACGUUUCAAAGACCAGAAAAUUUGAUACUGGUUGUGAUGCUAGACAUCAGAGGGAUGGGUUUGGAUGCAAAAAAGACCUAAAAGUAGAUAGAGAUAGAGAAAAGAAUGAAACAGAUAUUGAGCAUAAGGCAGAUGGUGAUGCACUCAGAGAGUCUAAAGCAACGAGGCAUUUCCACACUGCUCUUGUAGAUUUAAUUAAAGAAAUUUUGAAACCAACUUGGCACGAGGGACAUCUCAGUAAAGAUGUUCAUAAUAGAAUAGUCAAAAAGGCUGCAGACAAGGUUAUUGGCACCAUUCAGUCUCAUCAAAUUCCAUUUACCUUCGAAUCAACUGAGCAGUAUCUUUCUUCAUCCCAGCCAAAAAUAGCAAGGCUUGUUCAGGGAUAUAUUGAGAAAUACAGAAAAUCUUGAGAGUCGGAGUGCUUAUGUAUUUGUACAGUUUUGUUGUACAGUUUUGUGCUACUUUUCUAAUGGAGUUCCUAACAAUGGUAUGUUCAACCUAUUAAAAUGAUAAUCAUGGAAGUACUCGGGAUUCUCUUGAAAACUUUUCAUAUUUAAUUAUUUGUUUCUUUUAUUAGUUGUAUGCAGAAAGAAAUUUACAAUUUAUGUGGCUUAUCUAUUAGUUGAUAUAAAGCUAAGAGAGUAUGUUGAUAUUCUUCGAAUGCAUACCAAGAAAUCUCCCAAGGAACUUAAGUUAAACUUCCUGCAAGUCCAAUGGAACAAGUCAAUUGAAAGUUUAC